CCAAUAACUGAGCAUUCGGAGGGCCGUGUGACGUCCAUUGCUGUUUCAAGAAGUUUCGAGAACGUGCGAGGACGACGGGGAUAUCGGUGAUAUACUGUCGCGAGUUUAGCAGUCCUGCAGUUUUCUAUUGUCAUUCCUUGGUAUUAAUUCUCCUUAUCGUGAGUGAGCAGCGUAUAGUGUUAUCGCUGUAAUAGCACUUAUUACGGUAACCAUAAAAAGCGAUAGGAACAAAACGAUUCACCACUUCUCACCUAUAGAGGCAGCCCAUCUUUGGCAAACAUGGUGAAGGAAACAACGUUUUACGACGUUCUUGGCGUGAAACCUGGCUGCACUCAGGAUGAUCUGAAAAAAGCUUACAGGAAAUUGGCCCUGAAGUAUCAUCCUGAUAAAAAUCCCAAUGAAGGGGAACGGUUUAAACAAAUAUCACAAGCCUAUGAAGUCUUGUCGAAUCCGGAAAAGAAGCGCAUCUAUGAUCAGGGAGGAGAACAAGCUUUGAAAGAAGGAGGAAUGAGCAGCGGCAACUUCUCCUCUCCGAUGGAUAUCUUUGAUAUGUUCUUUGGGGGCGGAUUAGGUGGGGGCAGAGGUACCCGACGACGGGAGCGUAAAGGGCAAGAUGUCAUUCAUCAACUAUCCGUAACUCUGGAAGAACUUUACAAAGGCACAGUCCGCAAGCUUGCUCUGCAAAAAAACGUGAUUUGCGACAAGUGCGAAGGAAUUGGUGGCAAGAAGGGAUCGGUCGAGCAAUGCCCUACCUGCUCAGGUACAGGUCUGCAGAUUCAAAUUCAGCAGCUCGCACCAGGCAUGAUCCAGCAGUUACAGUCCAUGUGCUCUGACUGCAAGGGUCAAGGUGAACGCAUUAACCCUCGUGAUCGCUGCAAACACUGCAAUGGACGGAAGACUGUGCGUGAUAGAAAAAUACUGGAGGUACAUGUUGACAAGGGUAUGGUAGAUGGGCAGAAAAUUACAUUCACCGGAGAAGGUGAUCAAGAACCAGAGCUGGAACCCGGUGACAUUGUAAUUCUCCUCGAUGAGAAGGAACACGAAGUAUUCAAACGAUCAGGCAAUGACCUCAUCAUGCGAAUGCAGCUGGAGCUUGUUGAGGCGUUGUGCGGGUUCCAAAAGGUAAUCCGUACCCUGGAUGAACGUGAUUUAGUGGUGACAUGUAUCCCUGGUGAAGUAACGAAACACGGAGACAUUAAGUGUGUGUUGAACGAGGGGAUGCCAGUUUAUAAGGAUCCAUUCACACGAGGUCGCCUCAUUAUUCAAUUCGUCGUUAACUUCCCGAAAACCAUCGAUCCCGUAGUUAUAGCCACCCUUGAACAAUGUCUCCCUCCCAGAGAAGAGGUCAUGAUACCCGACGGAGCUGAGGAAUGUUUGUUGACCGACUUGGAUCCUGAGCAAGAAUCCAGACGGCGAAACACACGUCAAGCUUACGAGGAAGACGAAGGGGGACCUUCGCGCGUACAGUGCGCCACGCACUAAUCUGACUAUUAAUAAUGACAUUUAACCACACCGAUUUCCAUUUUCUCUGAUUUUUUUCAUUUACAAUUUACUAUGGACGUUUAUUACAACGCUAGGUAAAAUCCGGCGAUACAAAGGGCGACUUCUCUCGGUGCGCGGUAGUUCAGAUUAUUAGUAAAGAUGGUGUGACGCGGCCAGACGUUUCACUUAUCAGACCAGCUGAAGAAAACGAUUGAUUUACCAAAAUUUAUUUAUUGUUAACUCAUAAGCGGUGACCUUAACCAACUUGCUAGAAAAAUGUUCGGAGCGAUAUGUCACGUUAGCUUGAAUGCGAACUCUGCACUGAAGUCUCUGGGAAUCGGUUGCCAACAAAGACUGGUCUCGACCGCCGAAACUUCUCUAAUGAUGUAUCGCAUUUGGGACAUAUCCCCUCUCGCAAGUUUAUACUUUAGCAUUUGUUUGCGAUCAGUGGCCUGACAAUUCACGCGUUACAUUAUUCAGAAGAGUUCGAUGUAACGUUCAGAACGAUUCAAGCGCCUGCAUAGAACAAACCAUCGGAUUUGAAAAUUGGGGACGUGGAGCUGAAUGAAUCCAAUAGAUGUAUUCUGGCACUUGUGCACAUUGCAAAACUCCUUAAAGUUACUUCUUGUUAGAGGAUUUGAUGAAAAUGUCAGCAAAAGUGCCCCAAUAUUGCUUCUUGAUGUUUGAUUAAUAAUAUCUGAACUAAAUAUUCUACCGUAGGUUGACGCUUGUGUAGAGCACCACAGUGAAAUCAGUUGAUCAUAUUUGUAGCGCGACCAGAGAUACUUUUUACUAAUUUAUUUGAUUUUAUUUCCUUUUUUUGUGGCUAUAAAGAAGAACCAAUGCAUGGAUCUUCCUGUGGUUGAUUUUCUUAAACUUCUCGCUAUAGUUUUAUAGAUAAUGAAUGUCAUAAUAAUUGUUUUUGGUGAAGAUCAUGUUUUGAAUUAGGUAAUGAUCUUAUGAUAACAAAAAUCAACAAGUCUUAGACAAAUUGAUUGAUAUUCCAUUAUAUUCGAACCCAUAGGAUUGAAAGGGAAUUCGUAACUAAUAAUGUUCAAAGAAUGUGUCUCUAGAAUUAUUUUAUAAUCUAUUGUACGUAUACAUGAUUAUUUUAAUCGUGCCCGAUCUCUGAACUCUAAAAUUCCUGAAUUUCCAAUAGAUCUUACGUUGGGUUGGAUUUGUCUUUUUUUUCCAAUGAUCAAACCAAUUUUCCCUUCAUUCAAUUAAUGUGAGCAUAUUAUUUUUAUUUCUCGGGGAGUGAUUAUCCACAAUAGCAGAGAGUGCAGCGUGACUCUAGGCUCUUGGAGAAAAAUCGAGCAAAAUUUCUACGCUGGAAUACCCUGAAUAAAUUGAUGAAAAAUUAAA